CCUCCAGCUGUGGAGCAAAGACCCAGGCAUCAGCUUCUGCAGUCAGUUACCAACUGGCAGAGCAGGUGAAAAGUCUUUUCUGGAAGAACGGCUGCCCUUACCCCCAUCAAAGCAUGGAGCAGGCCUGGAGAUCCAUUGCUGCCUUUUUGAUCCUGGUGUUUUGGGCUUCUGGCUCACUUCAGGAGGGCCCUAGGAAUCUUGGUGCAUACUUCAACAGCAAAGUUGCACGCCUGAUGACAGAAGAGCUCUUGAACCCCAAGUGCUUCACCCAGCAGCUAGAAGAUCUGGCCUGUUUCUGGGAAAUAUCAGAUCUUCUGAAGGAACCAAAAAACCAGAGCAUGUACAGUUUUUGCUACAAGUUUGAGGAAGACAACUUCCUGAAGUCCUGUAAUUUGACUGUGGAGAACACAUCCAGGAAUACAACACUCUAUACCUGCUUCUUUCAAAGGCAGGAUAUCUCAGCUUUCAGCCCCCUGGAGAUCAAAGUCUUUGAAGGGCUGUCCUCUAACAACACCCUUUACACCAGAACAAUAUAUGUGGAAAGACUUGUUUUCCUGGACCCCCCCUCUAACCUGACAGUGCAGUUUAUGGAGUCCUCUGGUCAGCUGAAUGUGAGCUGGCAAUCACCCCCCAUUGCAUACAUGGAAAACAGUAUCCGCUAUGAAGUGUCUGUCUCCCCUGAGGGCUACAGACCCCGACGGGUGGAAAGUACCAGUGGGCAGACAUAUUACCUCCUGAAUCUCAAAGGGGGCACUCACUACACUUUGGCUGUUCGGGCCAAGCCUAAUGGAGUCAGCUAUGAUGGCUAUUGGAGUGAGUGGUCACAGGAAGUAUCAGUGGCAAUACCAAAUGAUCUGGACCCACUCAUUCUGAUACUCUCUGCCAUUUUAAUUGUGAUUAUCUUGCUUUUGGCUUUCAUCACCCUGAUGUCUAACCGCAGAUUUUUGAAAAAGAAGAUCUGGCCUGUCAUACCGUCCCCUGAGCAUGAAUUCAAAGAUCUUUUCACCAUCUACAAAGGCAACUUCCAGUUGUGGUUGGGCCAUCAGAGCACUUACCCGUGGUGGAGCCAGAAUACCCACUAUCUGGAGGAGCAGCCAUUUUUGGUGGAAUUAUUAUCCGAAUGUGAUACUCACAAAGUGGACAACCCUCCUCUUCCUCCUCCCCUUCCCCCCAAGCGCUGCUCUGUAGUGGAGCUCCCUUAUGCUCCAGAACUGUCCCUGGAUGAUUACCUAGUACUGGAUAAAAAUGUGAUGCCGUGCUGCUUAGGAGGAAACGGCUCCCCAUUUUUGCUGGGUAGGCACAGCAGCGAGGAUUCAGACCUGGUGCUGGCUGAAGAAGCAAGAAUUACAGAGCCCAGCCAAGCUUCUUCUAGCUUUGAGUACACUGUGUUUGAUCCCAGUUCCGAAAGUCUUUCUCCACAAGGGCAUCAGGCAGAACUUCAGUUCAAAAGCAGCUACCAGAUGGUCUCCGACUCAGGGAUCUCUGCUGACUACAGCCUGGUGGACUCCACUGCUGGCCCCACCAGUCUUUACACCAACCUCUGUGAUAGGGCACCACCACCGCCGCCACCACCUUUUCUGCCUACCUACAUUGCAUGUUCAUAGCUUUGACAAGCAUGGAACCCGUCGAAAACCAGAAAAACUGAAGCAGAAAAGGUACUAGCCCAGCUGUCCCGUACCAUGUUUGCUCUUCCCAGGAGAAAAAGCUGCAGUAGUGGGAAAGCCAUGGAUCACCAUAACAGCUCUGGUUGGUCAAGCUGCUUCUAUAGGAGGAAAAGUGGUUUACAAAAGGGAUGGGAAAGAUUGGAUAAAAGGCAGGCAGCAUAAUUGCCUUCAUGAUUAUGCACUGAAACUAUUGGCAUUACUUUUGACCACGACCUUGUGCUCAUACAAACAAACCUAUGAAAUUGUUAAGAAACAUUUGCGGGUGGGAGUGGCAUAGGGUAGCAGCUUUCCAGCCAGCUGUAACUAACAGCCCCAAUACUCCCUAUCGAGAUUGGAUGGCAUUCUCUGUAUGUCAUCUCAAAGAGUAAGGAGAGGAAUGAACAGUUUUCUUUGGUUCUGUCUUUGCCUAAGUUCUUGGGUGAGACUAAUUAUUAUUAUUUUUUUUAAAUGAAAAAUCUAUUUUCAUGAUCUUUUAUAAAAACAAAUGUUUUAAAUAUACGAACUGGGCCUGGGUCAGGAGAUUGCAGGAUUUUUUCGAGCACCAGGAAAGGAGCAAAAUUCAGGGACUGGAGCAAGGAUUCUUACAAAUUCAGGAUGUCUGGAGUCUCAGUUCAACUGCAAUUCACUCAAUGGCUUUUGCUUCCCCAUCUACAAAAACUGGCUAAAAUGCUAAGGAAAUAUCUGAUAGACAAGAUGACCCAAUUAUCAGAUUUUUGGAGCACUGCUUUGGUAUUCCACCAGCUGUUUACUGUCACUGUGCAUGGAUUGUAAAGAAAAUUACUGUUAUUUGUCCUCUUAAGGAUGACUUGUGAUUCUCAUGCUCCUCUAGGCAAGUCCCUUGUGUUGAGUUCCUUCAAAAUCAGCACACUGGAUUGAAAUCACAGGUGUUUCAGACCAAGACUUUAAUUUAAAUGUCGUUGACAUGCCUACAUAGUAUUUUUUGUAAUUAUUAUAGUAAUUUAAAGUGGAAAUGUGUGUAUGUUUAACUUAGAUCUUUAAAAAUAAAUAAAGGUCCUUGUAUUCUAACUCA